AUGGGUUUUCCAUGUCUUUUCUGCUGGUUGUUGAUUCUGAGUGACUGUCCCACUGCAAGGUCCUGUCUGCAGUGUGACCUAGUGGUUCGUUACAUUCACGAAGAUUUCCUUUCGUCAGUAAAAGGUAUCACUGUCCGCGAUCAGAUUGAACUGAAUGAAAUCAUUGAGCAUGCUUACGUCAACUAUCGGGAGACCAGUAGAUUGUUUCGUGGUGUUAUUGACCCUACAACACUAUAUCGUGCACGAACAGAAUAUCAGAGUGAGUUCAAGAGGCAUUGGAAAGAAGACAGGACAGGUUCUAUUCAGUGGGAUAUGAUAAGUAUAGUGGAAAAAGGGAAGAGAAUCCUUCAGAAACACUUGGACCUUUUUGUUGCCCAAGGUCUGUGUCCAAAUAAAUGUGGGCUGUUCUAUCAGCGAGUGAUGAAUUGCUCUUCCUGUCAGUAUGGGCUUUUUCCAUGUCUAUCAGCCACACCCCCAUUAGUCUGUGGAGAGCAUAAUCUGGAGGCAGACGAGGGAGAGGAGGUGGUGCUGGACUGUUUCCUGCCUUGGCACACUCUGGUAGUUGGACAGACUGAGUACCAUUACUCUUGGCAUCCUGCAGAAAAGAAUCUGUCGCAUGAGGGGGAGUAUGAAGUGCUGGUGGUAAGUGAGGAGUCAAAAAUUGUCCUCAAUCAGCUGAGGUUCAGCGAGCAAGGCAUGUACCGCUGCCUUCUACAGGAUCAAACGGGUACUACACUGUCUCGCAUUUAUUUCAGAUUGCAAGUCAUCCCACUGCCAUCUACAACCCCUAUACUGAUUGUGACGUUGCCUUCUCUGCCUGCGGGUUAUGACUCCACACCUCCCAGCCUUCAAAGGAACACUGUCCUCAUUGUACUGAUUUUACUGACAGUAGUCAGCAUCACAGGCAGUCUGUUCAUCAUACUGUACCUCGGAGUGACCAUGAAGCGACAGAAGGAGAGAGACAGCAGGAGAGGAGAGAGGGAGGAUGCAGAAAACAGAGGUGAUGACUGACAGAAUGUGAGAUCUGAUCCAAAGAGAUACAUAAAUAAAUGACUGCAGUUACACAAAAGAAAUAUGGAUGUUAAAAACUCACCCCUUUUGUUGUUCCAAUCCCAUUUGAUUUAUCAGACCCACUUUAUAUUAGGUGUCUUUAACUGCUGUGUACUUAAGCAUUUGAUACAAUGUACUUCUCUUGUACAUAUAUGUGUAGUUGGAUUGUACUUACAUUUAAAGAACCUGCAUUUAAUUACAUGUAUAGUGACACUGUCAACCUUACCCUUAAUCCUAUACCUAACCCUACCCCAACCCUUACCCUAAUCUAAACCCUAACCCUAACCAUACCUCAACCUCAGUAGCAGCAAAUGUGUGACAUCUUGUGAGAAUUUUGCAGAACAACAUGUAGUUACACAAUAAAAACACUGUAUUUUUGUAUUUAACAUUUUUAUAUUUUUGAUUGAUUCCUACAUUAAAUAAAGACGA